GACAGAUUGGAGAAGAAUAGAACUAUUCUAGUCUUCUAUGUUGGGUCAGCUAUAAAGUUACGUUGUCUAUCCGUUCAUUCUGACUCAUGUUUUCUUGGUCUACACACAUUAAUCUUCUGAUUAAUGCCAACAUAAUCUUGUUGAAUGCUUUUCCAGUCAAAGACACAUCUCCACAGCAGUUUGGUUUGAUGUAUGCUAAGGAAACCAGAAUCUCACGAGAACGAUACCAGCUUAAACAUGAUGAAAGAAAUUCGAACUCUUCAAUGUAUACUUAUAAUUACCAUAAUGAAGAAAACGCUAUAUAUGUGGUAAUCAGUAUUUCUAAAAAGGACUUGGAGUUUGUAGAUAAUUAUCAAAUCAAACCUGUUAUAUGCUUAGUCAACUACAGCAGUAAUGUGCCUUUAGCUUUAUCUUAUGACUUGGAUUUUACGUUAUCUGCAGAGCUAGUUAAUCAGUCUUGGUAUUGGUUACCACCUUCAUUAAAAGGGAGUACAAAUAUAUCUGUCUAUAUAUUACCAAAAUUAGUGGGAUUAGACUAUUUGGUAUUUUGGAUUCGUCAAGCCAAACCUAUGCAUGGAUACAUCAGUCCUACUCCAUGGUUUGCCAAUAAUUCUGAGACCCUCAGGAAACAAUAUUUUGAUAAUUUAUUAAUUGACCAUCGACUCACUGUCUCUUUGUAUAAUAACCAGGAUGAUAAUAAUGAAAACAACACACUGGGUUUUCCCGUAAUUGUAAUUGCAGAUAAAGGCAUUGGUUACCUAGUUUUCCGUAUUUUCGUCAUAGUUAUGGUGACUAUAUUCACAUUCACAAUGGGAUGUGAUUUGGAAAUUCCUUUGAUCCUGCAUCAUUUCAAAAGACCCAUUUCUAUAUCAAUUGGAUUCUUUUGUCAAUUCUUUUUUAUGCCAUUGAUUGCGUUCGGUAUCGUAAAAAUUAUACCAAUUAGAUCGGAUUUUGGAUUUGGUUUACUUACUAUUGCUUGUUCUCCAGGUGGUGGUGCCAGUAAUGGUUGGUGUCUUCUACUUGGAGGUGAUAUCAAUUUGAGUAUAUUAAUGACAUUCAUUAGUAGUUUAUCAGCUCUUUUCAUGAUGCCUCUUCUUCUAUUCAUCUACGGUCGGUUCUUUAUUGAUGUGACCAAAAUAAAAAUUCCAUAUCUCAAUAUUGUCUUCCAGUUGUUACAAGUAGCUAUACCUGCAUUAAUGGGCUUAGGUCUACGUAUAUGGAAACCGAAAUUGGCUGUUAAAUGCACCAAGUUAACACGUCCAUUAUUUUAUAUAUUCAUAUUAUUCUUUUUAACUAUCGGUGUGUACAUUAAUUGGUCCUUGACUCGUCUAUUAGCUGUAUAUCCUUUGCUUAUCCUUACAAGUGCAUUGUUACCUUGGCUUGGCUUUUGUAUAGCGUCAUUAUUUACAUUAAUUCUACGACAAUCACGCCAAUUAAUUAUUACAGUGGCCUUAGAGACUGGUAUACAAAAUAUUGGUGUUGGAAUACUUGUUUUAUUGUAUACAAUGCCAAAACCAACUGGUGAAUUAGGUGCCAUUAUGCCAAUUACUGUAGCUAUGCUUACACCGAUUCCUUUGUGUUUAAUUUAUUUGGGCUUGGUAAUCAAGCGUAAAUGUUGUGACCAUCAGAAUAAAAAACCUGUCAUUCAUGAUCCUUGUGAAGUUGAACCCCUCAGUACCACAAAAAUAAGUAGCAAUUGCAGUAAUGACGUAAUCAACCCAUCAACUGAUAACAAUCAAUCACCGACACAAGUAUCGUUGACAGAAACAACUGUUACCACAAGAACCGCUAUCCCUCAUGAAGGUAUGUAAAGGAACCUAUGUGAAGUCAGGUCGGUGGUGUUAUUUUUCAUUGUUUUCUAUUUUUAAAUAACAAUAAUUUUUUUUAGUGUGAUAAUAUGUAAACCUUUUUAGUUUUCUUUUGAACCAUUACUGUUUUGAAUGAAACUUCAUUUGUUGUUGAUCCUAUUAAACACAAUAUCAUUUUUUCUCGUUUUUUUUUUAAAAAAAAAAUUUGUGAAGUUGUAUAAUUUUAUUGAUCACUUGUUUCAUUGUAAUCAGACUAAAAAUUAUGAAAGAAUCAUUUUUGCCUAAACAGAUAUUCGUGAUUAAAGUAACUUAACAAUGAAUUUUUAUUUCGAAGAGUUCAUUCUUACCUCUUUUCUCUAAUCUAUUAAUUUACCUUUAGUUUUGUGAUAAAUAUUCUCUUUUUGUAGAACAAGAUUUUAUUUAAAUAAAAAUUUCCCAACCUUCAUUUUUCUACCAUAAACAAUAAUAAAUAAAUAUAAAGUGAAUCAACGGAACAAACCCAAUGACUCAUUAAAACGAAUGAAGACGCUUCAACACAGAGAAUUCUCUUUUGGACGUUAUUAUUCUUCUUAAGCCAUCCAGUUGUAUUUAUAAAGAUUUUUUUACAUUUAGUAAUCGUAAAAUAGACAAAUGUUAAAAAAUCAUUAAGGAUGAUCAAAUUUAUUCAAG